AUGAUUCGUGUGAAUAGAAAGCGUACUGUAUCUCCAGCCACUCCAUCUGAACCCCAACAGAUUAAACUGUUGCCCUUAGAUUUACAAAUGAUGUUCGCUCAAUAUAUUCAACAAGGCCUCCUCUACCAAAUACCCGGCAGCAACUUCUCCUCUCAAGUAGACCUCCUUGCAGAAACGCUUUCUCGUAUGCUCGUAAAGUUUUAUCCCUUGGCCAGGCGGUUAACAACCAGUCCUGUUGAUGGAGGUAUUUACAUCCUCUGUAACGACUCGGACGUAGAUUUCAUCGAAGCUAUGGCAGGAGAGCUAAGCAUUGCGGAUCUGAUUGUAACACAGCUGAAAGACGGGGUUUCGGUGUGUUGCACGGUCAACCACGCCGUAGCCGACGGAACUUCCUUCUGGAAUUUCUUUAACUCGUGGGCUGAACUCUGUAGAACAAACGAGACCAAAAUCUCUGCUAAUCCCACCUACAACCGCUAUCUGCUAGACCGCGACGGAUCUGCGGUUAGGCUAGGGCUUGACCCGAACGGCCAAAUCCCACGGUUUUGCCCGCCUCUACUGCGCGUAAAAAUGUUCCAUUUCAGCGCCCAUACGAUCAAACGCUUAAAGGAACGGGCCAACCGGGAUUCACCCGUCACAGUCUCUUCCUUCCAGGCGCUGUGCGGUCACUUGUGGCAGGCGGUCACACGGGCCCGGGGGCUUGGCCCGGACGAGACCGCGACAUUUCAACUUUCCGUCAAUUGCCGGCCCCGAUUAAUUCCUCCACUGCCGGAAUCCUACUUUGGCAAUGCUGUUCAGGCCAUAUUCGUGACCUCUACCGCCGGGGAGCUUAACCGUUUGCCUCUGUCUUUCCCGGCCGGUUUGCUUAACAGUUUGAUUGGCGGUCAAAGGGACGGGGCUAUUAGAGAAUCGAUUGGUAAGUGGGUUAAAGAGCCGGUUGUUUAUAAGUUUGAAGAGCUUGUGAAAAACGUUUUGAUGGUGGGGAGUUCUCCGCGGUUUGAGAUUUAUGAGAAUGAUUUUGGGUGGGGAGGGCCUGUGGCUCUCAGGUGUGGGACGAACAAUCAUUUUGAUGGAAUGGUGUCUGCCUUUCCUAGUCGUGAAGGUGGAGGAAGUGUGGAAUUUGAGAUUUGCCUUCUUCCGCCCACCAUGAAUGCUUUGGAAAUUGACCAGGAUUUCAUUUGUCCCUUACAUUAA